UGCCCGGCGCUUUUUAAUCCAGAUGCUCUCCGCCGUGCACCCUGCGUUCGGCAACGAGCUGACACAACCAAGAGGUGAAAGAAGACACACCACCCAGCAACAUGACUGCACCCAGCAACACCUACGAUGUUAUAGUGGUCGGUGCGGGCAUAUCAGGUUUGAGUGCUGCAAAGCUGUUGAAAGCCAGUGGGCUCGAUCCUGUAGUGUUGGAAGCCAGGGACCGGGUUGGUGGUCGUACCUUCACUGUGCAAAAUAAGGAGGCAAAGUGGGUUGAUCUAGGUGGUGCAUACAUUGGACCGACACAGAACCGCAUCCUCCGUCUGGCCAAAGAGUACGGCAUAAAGACCUACAAAGUCAACGAGCAGGAGAACUUGGUGCAUUAUGUUAAUGGAAAGUCUUACCCAUUCAAAGGUUCCUUCCCUCCCAUGUGGAACCCCAUCACUUUGAUGGACUUCAACAACCUCUUUAGAACAAUGGAUAAGAUGGGCGUGGAGAUUCCCAGAGAGGCUCCCUGGAGAGCUCCCCAUGCUGAGGAGUGGGACAAGAUGACCAUGCAGGAACUCUUUGAAAAACUCUGCUGGACCAGAACUGCUCGUCGCUUUGCCACACUGUUUGUCAAUGUGAACGUGACCUCUGAACCCCACGAGGUGUCGGCUCUCUGGUUCCUCUGGUAUGUCAAACAGUGCGGAGGAAUAAUGAGGAUCUUCUCCACCACUAAUGGAGGACAGGAGAGGAAGUUUGUAGGGGGUUCGAAUCAAGUGAGUCAGUGCAUGGCGAGGGAGCUGGGAGACCGAGUGAAGCUGCAGUCUCCAGUCUACAGGAUCGACCAGACCGGAGACGUGGUCGUGGUGGAGACCGUGGACAAGCAGACCUACAAGGCCAAGUAUGUGAUUGUGGCCACACCACCUGCUCUGAAUCUGAAGAUGCACUUCAACCCUGAGCUGCCCCCGCUGAGGAACCAGCUGAUCAACCGUGUUCCCAUGGGCUCUGUCAUAAAGUGCAUGGUCUAUUACAGAGAGAACUUCUGGAGGAAAAAGGGUUACUGCGGCAGCAUGGUGAUAGAGGAGGAGGGCGCUCCCAUCGGCCUCACCCUGGAUGACACAAAGCCUGAUGGGACUGUACCUUGUAUUAUGGGAUUCAUCCUUGCCCGCAAGUGCAGAAAGCUCUCAAGCCUGUCCAAGGAAGAAAGGUUGAGAAGGAUCUGUGAGAUCUACUCCAAAGUGCUGGGCACAGAUGAAGCUUUGCAUCCGGUGCACUAUGAGGAGAAGAACUGGUGUGAAGAGGAGUACUCUGGAGGCUGCUACACAGCCUAUUUUCCCCCAGGAAUCCUUACUCAGUUUGGCAGAGUGCUGAGAGAGCCGGUGGGCAAGUUGUACUUUGCGGGCACAGAGACGGCCACCGAAUGGAGUGGCUACAUGGAGGGGGCCGUACAAGCUGGAGAGAGAGCAGCCAGAGAGGUCAUGUGUGCGAUGGGUAAACUCCAACCUAAUCAGAUCUGGCAACCUGAGCCUGAGAACGAGGAAAUCCGGGCACUCCCGUUUGUCACCACCUUCUGGGAGAGAAACCUGCCUUCGGUUGAUGGUUUCCUCAAGUUCUUAGGAGUCUCCACAUUCCUGUCUGCUGCUGCCGCAGCUGGCCUGGUGGCCUACAAGAAGGGCAUCAUCCCCCGGAGUUAAACCACCCUGUCAUCUCACUCCUCCACAUCUCAAGGGAACAUGUCUCAAUAGACACUUGUGUACUUCUAGUGCACUACUUUAUGGGCCCAAACUACAGAGUAGUGACCUACAUAGGGUAUACGUUGUUUUUUGAGAAACACCGUGAUGUAAGAAGGACUGCUCAGCUCAUGCAAAAACACUAACACACUGUUACUUUGUCCACAAACGAAAGAGAGAACGAAGCAGAUGAGAAGGGCUGACUGAAAGGUGUUUGAGAGGAGUGACGAAAGCCUAACUUCAGUUUAAAAAUCCAGACUCAGAUUGUGAAACCAAUGAAGGAAAAAAGAUCAGAUUCAGUUCGUAAGGGGAAACCUUCUCUGUCACUAUUACUAUCCCAUACACUGCCAAUGAAAUUCACUGUGUCGAUUAUAUGUGAGUUUAUAAAAGUCGCCAUGCUUACUGUGUAUAUGAGCCUCGUCUGUGUCGUGUGCUUUGGUGAGCAUGCAUUCGUGAGCAUGUGGUCAUCAAAGUUUUCGUACAAAGUGUGCAAGCGCGUGUGCAUGAGUUUCCACUGUGUGUCUAAUUACCUCUGCUGAUUUUAGGUGCUGAUUUAUUCUGGCCAAGCAGCCAUAGCUGUUUGAUGAAAUCCAGUGACUUCAGAAGAGAAAAGAGUUAGUAUAGUGACACUGUCCACAUAGAAAAUCACAGAGGAGGUUCAAGGACAAGUGGGGGGAGGGGCUUUUUCUGUCUUAUUGUCAGCAAAUCCCAUGAAAACACAAAUGAAUAGUGAAUUUUAGCAUUGUCUUUGUAGCUAAAGCCAGAUGUGAGUUGCACACCUAAAGUGAGUUGGUACUGCGUGAAAUGGGUUUCGUUGUUUCUCUUGAAUUUAAAUUUUAUUUACAUCUCAAAGCCCAAAUUAUGUGCCCUAAUAUGAAUCCUAAUAUGUACCCUAAUAAUGUCAUAUUAGGGCACCAAAUGUGUAUUAUUCCUAAUGAGCAAUCUGUGCAGUUGAAGGCUGGCUCCAAAAGCAGGUUACUCCUCACAGACUCCUGUGUUAUGUCUAGGUUUCCACCUGAAAAGGCAUCUUUAAAGCCUGGUGCAGUCUGUGAAGCUAAUUGUCUCCUUCAUGGUAACUCCUUUCAUAUAAAUCCUCUGUUUAAACUAUAGUAAGUCGUAGGUAUCAGCAAACACAGGGUACCAAAUAUGGCCACCAAAAAUUAAGACGCACCGUUCAGUCUAAGUACUGAACACAUAAAUUUAAUUAGUAAUCCACAAACUAAUGGUGACAAUAAUGAUAAUUAUAAAUAUUAAUUAAACACUUCUCAGUUAUAGUUCCUUGUUAUUUUAACUCCUUACCCCCUUGUAAAAGUCGACCAGGAUUAAGCUUGAAUACUUCAGGCUUAUAGAAAAAAACGACUGGUGUGCAUCAGAAGCUAGUGCGGGUGGUCUCUCCCUGUGCAGCUACACUUAGAAAAACCCAGAAACGGUUCUGAUUGUCUUCAAACCACGACUUUAUUGAUAUAUGCUGAGGUGUCAAAACUCAUCAUCAAGGCUACAAAGGGGAUGUCGUCAGUGUCUCUUUAUGGAGGAAAGAGUUAAGGUUUAUCCAGACUGAACACAGAGCAGUUACAGAUGUACAACGAAUAGUUAUGUUUUCUAUAAUUUUAAUCUUCAAAUAUACCAAAUUUUUCAUAUCCAUAGAUAAAAGUGUGCACGUUUUAUUAAUAAGAGCUCAGAAGUGGGGCUAGAAGGUGAAUGCAACUUAGCUUUUAGUGACUUCUCAAACAAUCUAGUUUUUUCCUGUAGUUUCCCUCCUUUACCCUCUUUUUGUCGCAUAUGUGUACGCAAACUCUUACAGCACCAUGUUUAGUAGUUUCUCUUCAACAUGAACUCUAGGCUCACGUACAUAAGCCAGGAAGUGGUAAGACAGACCAGUUCACUGUUAGUACUUGUGGGGUUUAUUGACAGACGAAAAGAAAAACUCAUCCUAAGAAUGAGAAGAGUCAGCCUUAUUCCUUUAAUGGAAAUGUAGUGGUGUCCAGCUGCUAGUGUGGUAAUCUGUCGGUCAGUAUAACGGAAGUAUUUGAAUGUAUUUUCCUCACACUGGAUAACACAUGCGUGGUGGUUUUGCUAAGGUAAUCACAUUUUUCACUUGUGUAUUUUUACCUUUUCACAUUCACACUUCAGAUAAACACAAUCCCACCGGCUCUAAGGCAUCCUUGUUACAAGUGUUUUGAUUUGUUUAGGAAAAAUUAAACUCUGUCUUUUAGAGAAACUUUAAAGCAAUGACAUUCGCGCUGAAAAACUGACUCGCUGCAGCAAAGGUUUAACUACUGGCCGCUCAGCAAGCAGUGGUGCAGCAAUCAUUCAUCCUGCUAAAAUCAUGUGUCGGGGGUGUAGAUGUGAAAGCCAACCUGCUGCACAGUCCUCUGUGUGCAGCUCUUUAUGCCCACUACAAGAAUCAUGCUGUUCUUGUCCCAAAGAUGUUUGUGAGUGUAGUUUAUCUGUUGUGCCUUAAUGAAAGUUGUAACGUUUUUGUCAUUUUAUCGCAAGUGCCUGUGACUCUGACACUCUCAGCCCUCAUCCCUCUUUCCCCUCCCCCGCCUGCUCCGGAGGUGAGAGGUCAGAUGGACCAGGUCAUCGGUUCAAGGCAUCAUCUGCGCUCAUUAACAUACAGGGGUCAGCAUUGUGUUCAAGUGUAUCCAAAACCUUUCAUUUUUAAAGUUCCCCUUACCUGAGUUAUGUCCUCACUGCAAACUUGACUCAGGUAAAGCCGAGUGUAAAAACACAGCAUCAGAGCUCAGACUGUUGAGGUGAUCCCUCUGCUUAUCUCUGUAUCCGUGUGUGCUUUGUGUUGUGCCUGCAGCGCUUCUUCCCUCGUUGUGGUGUCCCUCUCCCAUCUGACCCUCAGUCCCAGUGCAGGUUUUGUGCUCUUGCAGUUCUAGAAGUAAUGAUUGAAUAAUAAUGUCACUUUUUGAACCAUCACUAAAAGUGUUUGAGUUUAUGGUUGGCUGAACAAACAAAGCCAGCAAAUUCCAUCCACCCUGUAAAAAAACAACAACCAAAAACUACAGCACUCACAACAAACCAUCAGCAGACGUGAUGCAGCGUUAUUCAUUAUGGGGGGUUUUCUGGAGACACCCCCUCCCUCCCUUUGUCCCUCUGUGCAUAUGAGCCUUCUUAACUAUUCCUGUGACCUGCUCUUUGAUGUCUUUGAUUCCUCAUACAAAGAUGGUGAUAUUUAACAAAAUGUGAAAUAAAUCUUUUACUCAUCUUAA